UACGGUACGAGUACUCUCGUAGUAGAGAGUCGUCCUGAAUCGGACGAUGGUCGGAUCAGGGCUCUCGCAACGCGAAGAAUCGUCAUAAUUAUUUUUUCGGAAUCAUAGACCAUCACGCCUCGUCGUUACCAAGGUCAUCUUCUCCAAUCCAUAACAGGAAAGAAUCAAAACGAAAACUCCAUCAUGCCCUCUUGUCCUUCAGGUUUGUGCAAGGAUCCAAUCCAACCCGACGGAAGAGCCAAAUGGUAUCCGCCAGAGAAUCCGAGUAAUUUGCCUGACCUCAAAGUCCACAACAGUCUCACCGACGACCUAGACUUGUUUACUCCUCGGGUUGGUCGAACGGUGACAUGGUACACUUGCGGGCCAACGGUGUACGAUUCCUGCCACAUGGGACACGCCCGAGCUUACCUCACGUUCGAUAUUUUGAGACGCAUCAUGGAAGAUUAUUUCCACUACGAUCUUUUGUAUCAAGUUAACAUCACCGAUGUGGACGAUAAAAUUAUUUUACGAGCGAGGCAAAACAAACUCCUCGAGGACUACACCAAAAAAUCCCUCGAAGCAAAGGACUUGCAAGCGGUAGAAGCUUACGUUGAAACUGCUAUGGCGGGCUUCAGGCAAAAACUGGAGAAAAAGGUGUCAGAAUUGAAGGAACCUCUCCCGGAGGGAACGCCUAGCAAGCAGAUCGAGAAACGAGAAGAGGCCCUAAAAGAAGCCGAGUUCAAGGAAAGCCAGUUUUGCGAAGUCGAGCUCGCGGUCAAGAGCGUCAAGGAGAAGGAAGGCAGGACCAUCGAGGACCUUAUCGCAGCAAGUCGCGAUGCCUUGGCGGCUCAGUUGGACAAAGAACACGGAUCGUCCGUUACGGACCGCAAGAUUUACGAAGACCAUGCCCGCAAAUUCGAAAGAGAAUUCUUUGAGGAUAUGGCGGCGUUGGGUGUGCGAGAGCCAGAUGUUGUCACUCGCGUCACGGAGUACGUUCCCCAAAUCGUCGAUUUCAUCCAAAAAAUCAUUGACAAUGGAUGCGCGUAUGAAUCCAAAGGGAGCGUGUACUUCAAUACAAAUGACUUCAAGAGCGUGGGACACGAAUACCGAAAAUUGAAACCCGGUGUGGAUACAACUGCUGAAGAGAUGGCGGAAGGCGAAGGAGCGUUGGCAAGCGGUGAUACUGAGAAGAAGCACCCGAACGACUUUGCGCUAUGGAAAGCCAGCAAGCCUGGUGAGCCAUCUUGGGAAUCACCAUGGGGACCCGGUCGUCCCGGCUGGCACAUCGAAUGCAGCGUUAUGGCGAGCGAUGUGAUCGGAGAUAAUAUUGACAUUCACGGUGGAGGGUAAGUACCGUACUGUUUAGACCAAGGUAUUCGGGACAGGACGCCCUUUGCAACAAUUGCGUUGCAAAUUUUCAGAGAUAUAACUGACCUUUUUUUUGCUUCUUGUACCAUUUCGAAAGAGCCGAUCUGAUGUUCCCUCAUCACGACAACGAAAUGGCUCAGUCCGAAGCCUUUCACCAAUGCUGCCAGUGGGUGAAUUAUUUUCUCCAUGCAGGUCACUUGCACAUCAAGGGACUCAAGAUGUCGAAAUCGCUCAAGAACUUCAUUACGAUUCGCCAAGCAUUGCAAGAACACACUCCAAGACAGCUCAGAUUGAUGUUUUUGAUGCAGUCUUGGGAUAAGCCGAUGAAUUACAGUGACCAAACUGUUGAUGACGCUAAGGCAAAGGAAAAAUAUUUCAAAAACUUUUUCGGUUCUGUGAAGUCUGUUUUGCGCAAUGACUUUGUGAAAGAAUUCCAAGGUUACACUACUGCCGAUCGCACCCUGAUGACGAUUCUUCACGACACUCAGGCAAAGGUUCACGCAGCGCUCAAAGAUAAUUUCAAUACAUCGGCUGUAAUCCAAUACUUGGUGGAGCUCGUUCAGGAAUGCAACAAAUAUCUCAACCCAGAGACCAAGCCAAAGAAUCUCAUGGUGAAAAAAGUGGCUAUUUACCUGACAAAAAUUCUCCGUGUUCUUGGCGUAGUUCAGGGAAGCGAUAUCAUCGGGUUUGGAGAAAGCGGAACCGAAGGAGGGGCAUCAAAAGAAGAUACCAUUUCCCCAUUUGUUGAUGCAUUUGUCGACUUUCGAGAGCAGGUUCGUGUCACUGCGAAAUCGAAAGGUAGCCCUGGAGACUUUCUCAAACACUGUGAUGAUAUUCGCGACGAGACGUUGGCCAAUCUAGGAAUUCGAAUUGAAGAUUCCGCUGAUAAAUCUAUCUGGAAACUGGACGACCCGAAAGUAAUCCGUAAAGAAAUUGAAGAGAAGCGCCGAAUGGCUUUAGAAGUUGCCCAAAAGAAACUCGUUGCCAAAUUCGACCGUCUGACGACCGAUUUAAAAAAGUCAAAACAGGCCAGCGUACCACCAGCGGAGCUAUUCAAAGUCGGCGAAAACGCCGAAAAAUGGGGGACUUACGAUGAUGAUGGAAAGCCCCUGACAACCAAGGAUGGAAAGGAAUUGUCAAAAUCACAGCAAAAGUCACUCAAGAAGGAGAGCAAUAACCACGAGAAAGCGCACCAGAAGCUGCUUAAAGCAGCUGGCGAGGAUGGAAUCGAGAAAUAUAUUGCCGGCAUUGAGCAGCAAUUGGCAGAGUUGAAAAUUCAGCUGGAAAGUAACUAAAAAUGUUUUACGUAAUUGAACUAGAUGAUUUAUCGUCUUUCCCUUCAAAGAAAUUAAAUUCCUGAUUUAACA